AUGGCCAAAAACGCCGUCGAGCCCCUCCAAAGUGUAGUAUUUGUGCUGCCCUGGAUCACAACGCUCGAGUUUUUUCAUUUCGUAGAAGCGCUGGUGGGAGCCCCACUGAUGGCGUUUGGCGCUAGCCGGACGCAUCGGGUACGCCUGAUCAAGGUGGUCACAGUGAAGACAACAGAAAGUGAUCUGGCCCGUUGGUGCCAGCCGGUCAACCCGUGUAAGGGAGUGCGCGUUGACAGGUGGCUGGCGAGUGGGGCGGCAUCGCAGCUGUUCUGGGAGUGCCGCGAGGAGAUGGCCAGCGAGCAGUUUGGCGCGGGGAUCCCGGACCGUGGAAGGCCGACUUCCCGUGGAACUCGCUUUGGACCGUGCCAUUUGUGAGCGCGGACUCGGUGCCCGUCUGGGGCCGGCUGCGGCAGAUAUGUCAUCGACAUGAUUUAGGCUUUGGUUUUUGGGGUGCUGCAUGGGGAAAGGGGUUCAAGGAGCUCUUGUCGGCAGCUGGUCCGCUUGCAACAAACUUCAAAUCAGAGGAACUAGCAAGGUUUGCUUGCUCAUCCCUUUUGACCUUGCAUUUCAACUUUUUUC